CUCAGCGCUGAUCCACAAAGUGUCCACUCCACAAGAUCCUCGAAUGGUUAUUGUAGAAGCAAGAGUGGAGAACCAAAGGUAGAACCGGAUCGUGAAACGUCGUGCAUUCGUUGCGUGAAGCUGAUAGUGUUAAGUUCGCUGUUCUAAAGCAGCGAUCGGCUCUUGAUUUCAUCUCCAAAGAGAGAGAGAGAAAAAAAGGAGAACGACUUAGUUUCAAUCGACAAACACAACGUUUAUACACUUCCGCUCUCUCGUUUUGUUUUUAUUUAUUUUUCUUCCAAUCUUUAGCGGUUUUUUUUCCUUUUGUUUUUUUUUAUUGAUUUUGUAUUUUGGUUGACUUUUUUCUUUUUCAAAUAAAAAAUAAGAAGAAGAGAAUUAAAAAAAAAAGAGCAAGUUACACUCUCUUUGUCAUUUGUAUGACUUUUACCAUCAGACAACACGGUCCAUUGGGAUGUAACUGUCGAAACGGUUUAGGAUCCGUUAACUCACGGGAAGAUCAAGUGGUUUUACUGUGAGUCACGCCAAGUGUGGUUGUUGCUCUUGAUUAUUGCCGCGGCAUUGCCAGACAAUUGGUUGUGGACUUGAUCCAGACUUUCAUCGAAGCUGUCUCCAUAAAAGGCAUUAUCCACCGAAAGCAGCUCACGAUCAUCACGCACACGAGUGCCUAUACUAUGAAUUGUGAGAGCAGAGAAGUGUUUUCAAUAAAAGACUGACGUUUUUUUUUUUGCCGAGCGACAAGAAAAUGGAAUUAGUAUUGUCUCCUGGAUUUAUUGGAGACAAUGAUGGAUCACCAUUUCACAAUGAAGACGUUCAUGAAUGGUCGCAUGUGGAUCAACUCACGGGCAUGUUGGAAAAUGCUCGAAUCGAGACUGGUAGAUGGCAAACCAAAAAUGAAAGAUCUGCUCAAUCAUACGGCAAAGUGGUAGAUUCUCGUGAACGAAAUUCAGCGGACGGAAAUGUGGUUCAGCGAGCACAACGAAAAGUAGAAGUUUUUCAGAGUCAAGGAACAGGAGGAAAAUCUAUUCAAGUGGUACGAGCCUCUCAAUGGUCUUCCUCCAGAGUUUCUGAUUUAAUUCACAGUAGCUCGUUAGCUAAAUCCCCGAUUGAGCAGCACAUGAGUGAUCUCGACAGUGGCAUAAAGUCAAGACUGAACGACUAUAAAAAUUUUGAUUCAUUGUCAUCUCUAUGUCGAAAAUUACACUCAAAAGUAAUUAACGAUAGUCAUUCAUUAUUUUUUGGGCAAAAUUCUGCCUUUUUGACUGAUGAGAAACUAAGCAAAGCAUUCGAAGUCAUUGACAGAAAUAAAUCCUUAUUUAAUGAGAAUAAAAAAAGCAAUUCAAAUGAAGAUUUAGCUAGUUUAACUGAUGAAAAAGAAUCAUUAUCGCCAUUAAAUUUUACCCGUGAUUAUCGAACUCGUCGUUCUCUACAAUUAGUAAACAAGAAAAAUGGAAAGGAUUCAACUAAUUCUCAUGUAAAGCUUGCCGAUUUAAAUAAUUCCGAGCGUGAUUUGUAUGUUUCAAAACUUUCCGAAUUAAAAAAUCCACAAGCACGACUUCGAACAAAAGUUGUUGAUGAUGAUGAGAAAUUUGUCAAAAAUUCUUACUCAUCGCCUGAAUCAUCGCCAAGAAAUUCAUAUUUCAGUGGGAAACAUUCACCGGAAACUAAUUUAACAUUCAACAAAACAAAUGUUUCCAAUGCAUCGAAACCACGAACAUAUUUCUAUAAAGAUCAUUCCGAGAAGAAUCGUGAGUCAAUUGUCGAAAUACAAAAACCAACGUCAAUUCGACUUUGUUCUCAAGACACCACAAAUCGAUCAAAUAAAACAAUAGUGCACUUGGGUAAAUCCGAAGACGAAACAACUGGACAUAUUAAAGUAACAAUAGAUUUAAAAAAUACACCCAAAAAUGAUAUCACAUCAAGAGACUCAAAUUCACAGGAGAAUAUUUUAUUUUUAUCCGAUUGCUCAACGAAACCAACGAAAAAAGUUGGUUUUUGUAAGACUGAGGUACAUUUUGUGGCCGAUUCAGGAAAAGUAAAUAUCGUUGAAACUGAUGGCAAACCACCGCCAACAAAUCGUUUUCGAAGAAGACGUCGUAAUAACAAUAGCAACAAUGGUCUUGGAAUUUCAGCAAAUAAAAAUUUACCAGUUGUUCAUUUUGGUGAUACACCGCCAUCCUAUAUAUUUGGAGAAAAUAAAAAGUCUGUUAACGAUGAAUUAUUGUCAAAUACAACAAAAUUACGAGAGGAUGAAGAUGCGUGGCAAUCUUUUAAAUCACCAUUGACAAUGGACAAUGAGAAUGACACAAAGAAAAACAUUAUCAAUGAGAGCAAUCUUACGAACAUUCACGAAAAGAAUUUAGAUCAUCGGCAUAAGGGUCACACGACUACUGUUAAUUUUGGUUCUAACGGAUUUUGCAAUUUAAAAAAUAUCAUUCAAGAUGAUACUUCAAGAUUAAGUAAUGUUGAGGAAGUUUCUUUGGAAGCUCCAAAAAUAAUAUCAGCAUUGGAUUUACGAACUCGAAAGGAAAAUCAUAAUUCUCCAUCCUUAUUAGAAAAUGAAUUAGCAAUAACAUCAGAAGAUAGUAAAUCAUUUGUAAAAACCACAGCUAUUCAAAGGCCAAUAAUUGCCAAAGUUGAUUUUGAUCAUUCACAAAAAUUAUUAAAAUCAUCGAAAAAACCAACAAUAACCCUCGCCUCUUUAUAUCCAAUAGAAAAAUCAAAUGAAGAAGCAAAAUUGUCGUCUCUUUCAACUACAAAUGAAAUUGAAAAAAUUCCACAUCGUUCAACAAAAUCAAAUGAAACGGAAAGAAUUUCCCUACGUUUAGCAAAAUUAAAUAACGAGUCAGAAAAAAUUUCACCUUGUUUGUUAAAUUCAAAUGAGAGUGAAAAAAUUUUAUCUCCCUCAAUGAAAUUAAAUGAAAAACAAUCAAUGGUAAAAUUAAGUGAAACAGAAAAAUGUUCACAUCGUUUUGUGAAAUUAAAUGAUGUUGGUAAAAUUUCUACAAAUUUAAUGAAAACCAAUGAAAAUGUAAAAGAUUGUUGCGCUGUGCCUAUUUCAGAAGCCAAAGAUUUUUGUGAUGUUAAUAGUUCGGGAGUAAGAGAAGAAAACUGUGAUCCUAGUCCCAUUUAUGUCAAUGUAUUUGAGUCUAAUAGAAAUGAUGUGCCAAUUUAUGAGAAUUCACAAGCUGUUCAAAAUAGUUUUGAGACAGAAGUAGCUUCGAAGAAAAAACUAAAGGAAAAUGAAAAUCAAGAGAAAGUACAGCAACCCAGCAAAAUUGAUCAAGAAGAACUUUCUAAAAAAUUACACACACAUCAGAGUAAAUCGAAGUCAAUUAAUUCAAAAUUAAGUUCCGAGAUUAGAAACAGUGGAUCAGAGUCGAAUAAAAGUUCUCUAAUCAGGCGGAGCAAGAGGGAAACUGUCGAUAGUAAAAAAGAAAAAAAACAAAACUCAGAUAAUGUAAAAAAUAAAAGUAAUAAAAUUAUAGAAAAAGAAUCGAAUAACAAACUCAAGGAACAAAAGAUAAAAGAAAAAAGUCAAGAGGAUGGUAUUUUAAAAAAUUCCAAGAGUGCUUUAGUGAAAAAAGAUUUGAAAAGAACCACAUCUAAGUCACGUAAUUCUAAACAAUCAUCAGAACUGGAAAUCGAAAAGAAUACAAAACCGGAAACUUCAAAUUAUUUUUUUAUUUACAGAAUAAAAAAGCCAGUGGAAGUUGUUUAUAAAACGGCAAUUUAUAAUAUGAAAAAUGAGAAAUUAACGAAACCAGCAAAAACAAAGGAAACAAAGGGUCCUCGUUAUAUAAAUGAUAUAAUUUGUGGCAGUAAAGUUAAGAAAUCAUCAUCGACUGAUAAGCACGGAAAAACUAAUGUAACUUCCCAAUCAAAGAAAUCCUAAUGCAAACUAAUAGACAAUGAAUGUUCCGAGAUCAUGGAAAAUAAAUCGUUUUCAACAUAAAAUUCCUUCGCUAAUGUAAUUUAAAUGCUCUACGAGAUUUGAUACAAUUCUAAUAACUAAUUUAGAAAAAUAAUUUUUCACUUUUUUACAAAGCAACUUUUUUUACUAAGAAUAAACAUUUAUGUUUUAAUAUUGCAUUUCUUGCCUUUUUGUAAUAAAUUAUAUUUUCUUCAGAGAAA